AUGUAUUGCCAAGUUCCGGGACUCUCUGCUCGUAGAGGUCCAUUCGAAGCAAAAGGGCAGUCACGAUAUGGGGCUGGUCCAUACAUGCUUCCUUCGAUGAGAAACCAGAUCUUUGCUGCUGGAUCGCAGUUCACGCAGGCAAAUCACCAGCAAUACCAUGCCCAGCCUCAAAUCCAACCCCAGCAGCAAGCCAAUAGCCCACUUCGCAACCAGGUCAACCAUCGCCAGGUCUACGGUCAUCAGAUGGAGCAAUUUUUGAAUGAGCAGCGAAAGCAAAUUCAGCAGCAGAUGGAACAGCGUAUGGCUGUUCAACGCAAGAUCGAUCAGCAGAACACGGACAAAUUCGAAGUAUCACAAGUGCAAGCCAGGCUUGGUAACGAGGCUUGCAAGGUUCAGAACUUCCCCUUCAAGGACAUGGCAAGCGACCAGCAGCCCAAGGAGCACGGAAUCGUCAAGAUCAGCAACCUCCCCUAUGCCGUCACUAGGCAUGAGAUUCAUCAGUUGAUGGGACGUCAUGCUGGCAUUCUUGGUCCUGACCUCGGUGGUGGCAUCCACAUCAUCAUGGAACGAUCUACAGCAAAGACUAUGGAUGCAUUUGUUGAAUUCGAGACUCAAAAGGAUGCCGAAGCAGCGGCUCGUCGUCUCAGCUUCACGGAAUCUGGACGUUAUCCUCGCUUGGGCACGCGCCAUGUCGAUAUUACGCUUAGCUCACAGGACGAACUGUUGCACGAUUUGUUUCCUCGAGCAAAAUGUGUCGAAUGGCAAAACGGCAUGCCAAAGUUGCUUGCUAACGCCGAUCCCUACUCCGCUGGCUUUCAAGGUUUCUUGACUAACGAGGAGAUUCGUGGUCUGGUAUCUCACGCCCUGGUACCUGCUCGUUCUCCCUUUACCGAGCGUUGCCGUCAGCGGACUUAUGAAUGUUUGAUCUCCACUUUGUGGAAGUUUCCCUGGUUCGCUACCUCCAUGUACACCGUUGCCGAUCGAGACGAGCUAUACCAAGCAGCCGUACAACAGAUCCUCGAACUGUGUGAGAGAGUCAAACAAUGUCGUAUCAUCGGUCUCAACGAAUCGCUGCUUGUGGACCUUCUUCGUGCUGGGGUCAAAUGUCCUGCCUUCAAUGAGAGACAGAAGUUUUGUCUGAUCGCAGCUGCUCAGAUGCCGGCAUUUUCACCCAUCGUACGCCGAAGUCACUUUGAAUUCUGGCCAUUCGACUGCCUAGCAAAGGACAGCUCGGCUAGCGAGUACGAUGUUAUGUACUAUGCCCAGCUAACCCGCAAAGCCCUAGGCACGUGUGACAAGGACAAUCUGAUUAUCCCCAACAACUGGCAGAACAGGGCUGGUCUAAUGAAAGAGUCUCCUUGGGGACAUCUUUGGAUUGAAUGGAACUUUCACAACAAGAUAACAACUUUCGAGGAUGCUUCCAAGGUCGAGCUCCAACUGGCUAGUGACUUAAUCCGAACUGCUCUAAAUGCGGAAAACCAGAACACGACUCAGCCAUUCACAGAGCCUAUGAUACUUAGUAGCCCAGCCCCAGCACAGCAUAUCUUGAAACACCAGUCUGUCCCAAUUCAAGAUCCUUGGGUUAAGGAUGCCACUAAGCGUGAGGUUCUCAGCCACGAUUCUGCAUCGCCUCAAUUCUGUGACCCGAAGAUUAUGUCAAAUACGAACUCUGAUGAUGAUGAGAGCCUGACUUCAGCUCUUCAAGCUGUGCGUCUUCGAUCUGGUACCAGCUCUACCUUCUCCGGGGCAGUGAGUCAGUUUAGCUCUAGUAAUGGCAGUUUGGUCACCAAUGAGAGUGACAUCUAUGGCGUCUCGCUUGAGAACAAGCCUAGAUAUCGACAUCAGCAUAGCCAGUCUGUUUCGGCUGCUGUACCUCUCACGGCACAGCCUGAUCUCAAGGGUUCUGUUCCGGUUCGCCGUAGGGGAAGCAUCUCGAUCCCGCCAACCAUUCAGAGCAUCAGUGGGUUUUCAGACGACCAUGACCAGAUCUUGCUGUCCCAUCCCGCUAAUCGAGUGUCGCAAGCUGGUGCAUUGUUCUCUGCAGAUGUUGGUGUUGGCCAUGGUGUGAACCCAAACGAAAGUCACAAUGUCAACACCCUGAUGUUGCAGCACGGAAUUUGGUCUACUACUGCAUCUGACGGGGUUACUUAUGCCGCACCAAACAAAAAUGCGUUCGCAUCUACAGAGGCAGACAAUAUCGAUCGUGGCGGGCGCCCAAGCCGUCAUGCUUCGAAUCCAUCCGUUUCUAGUCAGCAACGAGGCCUCUCUGUUUUGUCAGAGGAUGAGGAGGAUGUGGUCAGCAAGAACACUGCAAUCAAGUCUUGA